AUGGCGCUAGCGAUCGCCCGGGGCUAUUUCGAGGACACUCUCCCCCAAGCUCACGGAAGUGCUAGUAUGGGCAGACAUCCUCGCAAGCAAUCGGUGACCCAAGACAUAAAUGCCUGGCAGAAGACACCGCUUGGGCAUGUUCUCUGUCUGCGCUGCCGAACAUCAUUCUCCAGCCGUCCACACAAAAUUUGGGAGAGACACAAAAUUGUGUGCCAGUCAUGGGACCCAAAGUCCGGCGAGUAUAUUUGUGUUUGCGGCAGAGGAUUCCGGAAUACACGAGGUAUCGGCGCACACAAGAAACAUUGCACUCGGGGCCUGGGUAGCCGGGGCCUCGGUAGCGGUGGAUCCUUCUCUGUACCAGCGACUCAGCCUGGAUGUGGCGACGGUAACGCAAUUCAACCGCCUGCAAGCGCACCUCCCGACGGUAGUAUUGUCGUGACCAUCGGCCGGGGCCAAGCUGGGUUAGAAGACGGCCCCUACUCUACCGCAGCUAUCGACUUCACAAUAAAGCCGAUUUCCCAAUUCAGUCCAAAAAGCGGAGAAGGCACAGAUUUGGGCCUAAUCCCUCCCCAAGCCAGCUUCCAGGUCAGUCGUUCUCCUGGCGGUGGCAUCCGGCCUCUGGCUCUCAUGGAGCAAAAUCCUAGUGCGCAAACGCCAGCUUUUCUCACCAAACCCUUGGACGCUGUUCUGGGAUCUUUGGAUAAUAUACGCGACUGUCUUCGAGCACCGGAGUUGAUGAAUAAAGAAUGGGUGAAGCAGGAUCCCCGCGUCACGGAUAUCUUGCUAGCAGUGAAGAAAUCAACGUGCCAAAUUAUGCUCCGUGCUUUCUUUGCCGGACGCAGCUUUGCGCUAGCGAAAGAGUGUGAUAUAUUCCCUCCUGCGCACCACGUUCUGGAAUAUGCAGUACCAGAACUUCCCAGCAUUCACGGCCUCCUUCACCAAGAGAAGAAGUACAUGCCCAUUCGUUUGCUUGCGAAAUCGAUAUCGGGACUGCUCGACAACCUACAGGCAACAUACAAUGACAAUACCUCUGCUAUUAUGUUGCAGUACGGCCUUCACCGCCCCCUUUGCGACGCGACGCUUCCCCCCAGACAGGAGAUCGACCACUCUGAGCAUCUGCGCUGUGCUACUAACCAGAAUACUAUAGUUCAAGCCGCCGCGGAAAGAGAAGCAGGGGAUUCUGAGCGCAUGGCAUCACCUUGCCUUGCCUGCGGCGACGUAUUCACAACAAGGAAUCUGGAUACAUAUACGGGGGACGAACACAGCAAGCAUAUCAGGUUUACCGCCGCAGCUUCUCGUCCAAUUUCGCGAAACGAGGGCGCAUAUCCGGCCGACAUGCCACCGCCUUUACGAGCCGAUGAGAUCAAGUUUAACUUUGUCGAAACCACGCCGCCACGUCCCCAGCCAGAAACGCCUUCUAACAGUUAUUUUUGGACGGUGGUGAUGGAUAAUAAUACGAGCAGGGAAUAG